AUGGUACUUGUGCGCUACGCGCCACCGCCCAUUUCGCCGUACUUCAGUUCAGACCGCCUCUCGAUGACUCUCCCGCCCAUAGCGUCCUUCGAUGUGCAUCAUCAACCAGCGCUUCGCUCGUACACACAGUUUCCUUCUGCGCGGCAUGACGCGGCAGACGCGUCCGUCGCACCGCCGCCGUCGUUCUUGCCUCCAAUACAAACUCCUCGCUCCCUUGCACGCUCGCAGCUGCCUAUAGCGGGUUUGUCGCGGACAUUAACAUCGUCUCCGCCUUCACCACCACCAGAGCAAGCUCACGAGAUCUCGGACUGGUUUCGUGAUGCUCAGCCUUGGUCCUCAUUCGCCCUAGCAGAGAAGACCUGUGAAAUGAUCUGCUACCUCUGGUUCUCCAAGGCGGCUGAAUCCCCGGACCCGUCACGGCAAUCGUCUCCCCACCUAUCCUAUGUCCCUCACCGUAGCGCAAAUACGGCUUUUUUGCAGUUUAACGUGUCCUCUAUCUUCACCAAUUUCAUGCACAAGCUUCUGCAAACCACACAACUGUCGCAGUCUGUGAUCGUUCUCUCCCUACAUUACAUAUAUCGCCUCAAAGCGCGCAACUGCACGACAGUGCCUAGCCCUGGCAGCGAGUUUCGCGUUGCAGUCGCUGGUCUCAUGAUGGCCAAUAAGUUCGUUGAUGAUAACACGUACACAAAUAAGACUUGGUCUGAAGUGUCCGGUAUCGACUUGGCGGAGAUCAACAAGAUGGAGCGCGAAAUCCUGGCCGGCAUCGACUACGAGCUCUAUGUCGACCAACAAACGUACGAUAACUGGGUCAACCUUCUCAAGGGAUUGGUUCUCUCGAAGGAGAAGGACAGCCGCUUCUUCCGUCGUAGUCGCCAAACACGCGCCGUGACCGUCACGCGCCCUGCGCCGCUUGCGCCGUCUCAUCAUCAGCGGCAUACAACGAAGCUCGCCAUGUCGGCUCGUGCGCGCUCGUCUUCGCCUGUGCGACAUACCACCGAAAAUAUGGUGCAUCAGCCGCAUCAAUUCUCUCCCGCGAUGUGUAUGGCUCUUGACGCGGAGACUUCUUCGCGCAUACACGGCAAACGCACUGCCCUAGACGCAUUCUCACCAACAUCCGCUUCAUUCGACCUUCAGCGGCCAGCGAAGCGACCUGGCCUGGCGCUGGACAUACCAAAAGUGACAUCGCGCCCUUCGCCAAUGACGCCGUCACCACUCGAAGGCAUACAGUUCUCGAGACUCUCCCUGGGCACUUCCCCUACGGUACAGCAGAUGAAUGGAGCACCUUCGCAGACGCUCGUAGCGGCGUAUCGUAUGGACCCGACUAAGCCUUCGUCUGUGCCACAGCAUUUGUACUACUAUUCCUUGGCCGGUUCGCCCCUGUCCGACGAGAAACGAUCUCACAAGGGUCGCUUGCACGUUCAUCAGCCACCGUCGUUACCUGCGCCACAGUUCGCGUAUGCGCAUCAGCCAAUACCGACCACGAUACAAUCCGCACAUGCUAGUCCGCAUGAGCGCAGACCUCAGUUACCCCCUGUCCUUCCGAAUCCGCAUGAUAGUGCAUGGCUGCAGUCAAGGACGUACCACGACGCUAUACACCGCUCAGCGACGCCGUCCUUUCGUCCCGAACCUGCGACGAACUCGCCAUUCGCAUCACAACCUCCCCUUGCAUCCUCGAGCGUACCAUCUGCGCCAUUUGCCAACGCAGGGCCUCCCGGAGUAGUCCACUAUUACUCUUACCCGUCUCAGUCAUCGUCAGGGUAUUACCUGCCGCGUGGCCGUCGCCCUUAG